AUGGCACAGAUUGCUACUAUUGCCGGGGUUCCGGUCGUCAAAAUCGGUCAUGGCCUCAUGUCGAUGACAACAAAGCCAGAGCCGCUUUCCGAUGACCAAUGCUUCGAAUCAAUCAUUGCGGGAAUUAAUGCUGCCCCCUCGAACGCAAAAGUGUUUUUGAACAGUGGAGAGUUUUAUGGAGUACCGCCCCAUGUAACCACCAAUUUAGAACUCCUGAACAGAUUCUUCACGAAGUAUCCCGAGCAUGCCGAGCGGACUUUCUUGGAGGAAGGAAUCGCGCGUAGCAUCAAUAAUAUCAUCGAAAAACUUGGGCCUAACAAGAAGAUAGAUCUAUUCCAGCCAGCCCGGAUUGACCCUGAAAUUUCCAUAGAGGAAACCAUGACCACGCUCAAUAAAUAUGUUGAAUAUGGGAAGAUAGGGUCAAUCGGCUUAUCUGAGUGCUCAGAAGCCACUUUGGUGCGGGCUAGCAAGGUCGGAAGCAUUGCGGCUGUUGAAAUAGAAGUCUCGUUUUGGUCAUACGAAAAGGAAACGCGUAAAGUAAUUGCCGCAGCACAUAAGCUUGGUACUGUUGUAGCCGCAUAUUCACCUUUGGGAAGCGGAUUUCUGACCGGAGAGGUGCCGCAGGAGUUGCCUAAAGGUGAUCUCCGGAACCGUUUCCCUCGCUUCCAAGGAGAGGCAUUUGAAAACAACUUGAAUUUAGUCAAUGCGCUGAAACAAAUUGCUGGCCGGAAAAACCUGACCCUUGCCCAACUUUGUUUAGCAUGGGUAUGUUCACUUGGCCCGCAUGUUGUACCCAUUCCCAGCUCCACGCGCGCGGAGAGAACUUUGGAAAAUUUAGCUGCCGCCUCAGUAGCGCUCACGGCGGAAGACCAUGCAGACAUCAACUGUGCCGUUGAGCUGAACCCAGUGUCUGGCACUCGUUACCCCGAGUCAGGCAUGAAACUUCUCUGGGGAUAG